CAUGGCCAUGCUGCGCAGACUGCGAGAGAUGCCCCGGCACUUACUAGUCUGCGAGAAGUUCAACUUCGGCCACAACAAGUCACGCCACCGGCAUCUCGUAGAGAUGCACUAUCACAAUUACAAGGUUUCUUUCUUGAUUCCGGAAUGUGGGUUACUAUCAAAAGAACUGAAAAGCCUGGUCAUGGACAUGGGACCCUAUUACUUUGUGAAGAACCUACCCCUUCAUGAGUUAAUUACAUGUGAAUUCAUCAACACCUUUGUGAAGAAAGGUUCAUGCUGUGCACUGACAUACAAUACAAAAAUUGAUGAAGAUAACACUGUUGCACUACUACCAAAUGGGAAAUUAAUUUUAUCACUGGAUAAAGACACUUAUGAAGAAACUGGACUUCAAGGUCGUCCAUCUCAGUAUUCUGGCAGGAAAAUUAUGAAAUUUAUUGUUCCCAUUGAUUUGAUGGAUUUAUCCCUUAACCUGGAUUCCAAGAAGUAUGAAAGAGUAUCUUGGUGCUUGAAAGAAAAGAAGCCAUUGAAAUUUGAUUUUCUUUUGGCUUGGCAUCAGACAGGUACAGAAGAGUCGACGCUGAUGUCAUACUUUUCCAAGUACCAGAUUCAAGAGCGGCAUCCCAGAGUGGCAAUGAGCACACUGAGAAAUCUGCAGUGCCCGGAGCUGCGGAGCGGCGAGCUCCACGGAGAGCCGGAGGGGUCCUGCAGUGCUCCGGAGCUCUUCGACUGGCUUGGCGCCGUCUUCUGCGAUGUGAACCUAAAUAAUGAGCCUAAUAACUUCAUAUCAACCUGUUGCUGUCCCCAGCCAAGCACAGUGGUGACAAAGGCUUGUUUGUGUACAGUCACUGGUUUCAUACUCCCAGAGAAGAUCUGUGUUCUCCUGGAACAGCUGCGCCACUACUUUGAUGAACCAAAGUUAGCCCCGUGGAUCACGUUGUCAGUGCAAGGCUUUGCAGACAGCCCCGUUUCAUGGAGAGAAAAGGAACACGGUUUCUGGAAAGGAGGAGAACACUUGUACAACUUUGUGAUUUUUAAUAACCUGGACUAUUGGCUUCAGAUGGCUGUUGGGGCAAGUGAUGACUGUCCACCAUAAAGAAUAUGAA